UCACCACUCACAAUUCCAAUAUAUAUACACUACGGUUCCUAUUUCAAACUCAAUUCCCAUUUUUCUGUUUAACUAAAAAGUGUUCGUUUUUUUUUAGCCUACGUAGCUAUCGCUCUCCCCUUUAAUUUCUUCUCUACAUCGAACCAAAAAAACCUAUAGAUAUUAUGAAAAUCUUUUAUGUUUGAUAAAAUAGGAUAAUACCCUCUUCAAAUAUCCUAUAUUUCCAAUAAUCAAGGAGUUUAUAAUCUCCUCAAAAUCUCUUUUAAUCUUAGAUAAGAUAAGAUUUAAUGAGGUUUCCAUUUAGUUUCCUACUCUGCAUGAAACUCUCUAUUUGUUGAUUGAAAAAGCAUAGUUAAUAAAACUCUUUCAUGGAGUAUUUGAAAGAAGUGGAAGGCAAAAGAAUCCAUGAUCCGAUCAACGCGAAAAUGACAACGACGACAACGAGCACAAGCCGAUGUAUUUGGGUUCCGGGAGGACUCAUAAUUGGCGCUGGUCCAUCAGGAUUAGCCACAUCCGCUUGUCUUCAAGAAAGAGGAGUUCCGAGUCUGAUUCUCGAAAGAUCGAAUUGCAUAGCAUCAUUAUGGCAACUCAAAACGUACGAUCGUUUACGCCUUCAUCUUCCGAAGCAAUUCUGCGAGCUUCCGCUCAUGCCAUUUCCAUCAAAUUUCCCCACUUACCCCACAAAACAACAGUUUUUAGCCUACUUAGAGACGUACGCGAAGCGUUUUGGUAUACAACCGGUCUUUAAUAGCACAGUAGUGAGUGCAGAAUUCGAUCAUAGAUGCGGGUUUUGGAGAGUGAAGACGCUCGGGAUGAAACUAGAAGAGUUCGAAUAUGUGUGUCAGUGGCUGAUCGUCGCGACGGGUGAAAAUGCGGAGGAAGUUGUGCCUGAUAUUGAAGGAAUGGAGAGCUUUGAAGGGCCUGUUGUUCAUACUAGUAGUUAUAAGAGUGGCGAGUUGUUUCGGGAGAAAAAAGUUUUAGUUGUUGGCUGUGGAAAUUCUGGAAUGGAAGUUUGUUUGGAUCUUUGCAAUUAUAAUGCUCGUCCAUCGAUUGUUGUUAGAGAUUCGGUGCACGUACUGCCUCAAGAAAUGCUCGGCAGAUCAACUUUUGGGCUGUCCAUGUGGCUUCUCAAGUGGUUUUCUGUGUCAAUCGUUGAUCAAAUUUUAUUAUUUGUAUCGUAUUUCAUGCUCGGUGAUACUUCUCAAAUUGGCCUCCACCGUCCUAAAGUUGGUCCUCUUCAGCUCAAAAAUGUCACCGGAAAAACUCCCGUCUUGGAUGUUGGCACUCUCUCUAAGAUCACAAGUGGUCAUAUUAAGGUGUGUCCCGGAGUAAAGAGACUAAUGCAUCAUCAUGUGGAAUUUAUUGAUGGAAGGAUAGAAAAUUUUGAUGCUAUCAUUCUAGCUACAGGCUACAAGAGUAACGUUCCGAUUUGGUUAAAGGAAAAUAAUAUGUUCUCAAAAAAAGAUGGAUUGCCAAUCAACAAAUCGUUCCCAAAUGGAUGGAAAGGUGAAAAUGGAUUAUAUGCUGUAGGAUUCACAAAGCGUGGCCUGCUGGGCGCAGCUAUUGAUGCAAGAAAAAUUGCGCAGGACAUUGAGCUUCGCUGGAAAGCUGAGGCCACAAAUUUCAUGGCAUUUGCUCGUGCACCACCGCACCAAUUAUGAUACCAAGUUGAUCACACUAUUUAAAAAAAAAAAAAAAAAACCUAAUGAAACAUUUUAAUUUGAAUGAAGCAAAAAAGAAAAAGAAAAAAAUUAAUGUGUUAUUUUCAAACUUUUUCAUUUUCAUUUUGCACAAAAGCUAGGAAUAUGUUAAUUAGGUUAGAAAGUUGGGGGAAGAAGAUUCUCAAUGUGUAUAAUAUAUCUUUGUGUUCUUUUUUCUAUUAUUAUUAGUUAGUUAAAUUUUUAAGUUAGGUAGUUUUAUUUUGCAAUUUCAUUUGUGUCAAGA